AGAAGCCCGAAGCAACCAAUCCAAACAAGCAAGGAAUCGCCAAUGGCUCAUCGCGUCCUCCUCCUCCUCUCUCUCGCCGCGGCGGCCGCGGUCGUCGCCGCCGCCGUCGACGCCGAGGACCCCCUCAUCCGUCAGGUGGUGUCCGGCGGCGACGACAACGACCUGGAGCUGAACGCGGAGUCCCACUUCUUGAGCUUCGUGCAGCGGUUCGGCAAGUCCUACAAGGACGCCGACGAGCACGCGUACCGGCUGUCCGUGUUCAAGUCCAACCUGCGCCGCGCGCGCCGCCACCAGCUGCUGGACCCGUCGGCGGAGCACGGCAUCACCAAGUUCUCCGACCUGACCCCGGCCGAGUUCCGCCGGACCCACCUCGGCCUCCGCAAGUCCCGGCGCGCACUCCUCAGGGAGCUCGGGGACUCGGCGCACGAGGCGCCCGUGCUCCCCACCGACGGCCUCCCUGAGGACUUCGACUGGAGGGACCACGGCGCCGUCGGCCCCGUCAAGAACCAGGGUUCAUGCGGGUCGUGCUGGUCGUUCAGCGCGUCGGGAGCGCUGGAGGGUGCGCACUACCUCGCCACCGGCAAGCUGGAGGUGCUUUCCGAGCAGCAGUUUGUCGACUGCGACCAUGAGUGUGAUUCAUCAGAACCUGAUUCAUGUGAUUCGGGAUGCAAUGGUGGGCUGAUGACCACGGCCUUCAAUUAUCUCCAGAAAGCUGGUGGCCUUGAGAGCGAGAAGGAUUAUCCUUACACUGGGAGAGAUGGCAAAUGCAAAUUUGACAAGUCGAAGAUUGUUGCUUCCGUUCAAAACUUCAGUGUUGUCUCUGUGGAUGAAGGCCAAAUUGCUGCCAACCUUCUCAAACAUGGUCCAUUGGCAAUUGGUAUCAAUGCUGCGUACAUGCAGACAUACAUCGGUGGCGUGUCAUGCCCAUACAUCUGCGGCAGGCACCUUGACCACGGUGUUCUCCUUGUCGGCUAUGGUGCAGCUGGUUUCGCCCCCAUCCGCCUGAAGGAGAAGCCCUACUGGAUCAUCAAGAACUCAUGGGGUGAGAACUGGGGUGAGAAUGGGUACUACAAGAUCUGCAGGGGCUCCAAUGUCCGCAACAAGUGUGGCGUCGACUCCAUGGUCUCCAUGGUGUCCGCCAUCCAUGCCUCUAAGGAGUAGACUGAUCAGUGGUCCUCCCUGACAAUUUCAUAUAUGCUAGAACUACAAUACCCUGCUAGUAUUUAUGCUCCAUCUGUGUGCUGUUAUAUAUAAGGCAGCAAAGAUGUGAAGCUGCAAUGGGAUGCUUGCUGGAAGGUUUAUGUUUGCUAUGCAUGCUACACGCUAUUUGGAUGUAGCAAAGUUAUCACCAGAUCUGUAUACGCUUUUUAAACUGCAGAACUUUUGAAUAAUUGUGUACAUAAAUAUAUGGUGUGCUCCCAUCUAAA